CCUGGUUAUGAGAAGUUCUACAUUCUACAUCAAUUCCUUCAACAUUUCCUUUGCUCAAAAAGGAGGGCCUGAUUGGUCCAGAAUAUGUUCAAUCCUCGUUUCUUGAUUGUCAGCCUAGGCAAUCAAGCACCAUAUUACGAAUGCCUCCACUCUGCCGGCCAUUUUGCACUUGCUUCACUGCAAAGGCUACUUAGUCCAACCCAACCACCAUUUACAUCCGAACGAUAUGGCGGAAAAUCCUGUUUGGCCUCAACAGGCUAUACAUAUACCAUAUUGCAGAGCCCAACCCAGAUGAAUAUUUCAGGUCCUUGGCUUGCCAAAACUUGGAAGGAGACGCUACAAUAUCACCAGCUAAAACCAUCCGAACUAAGUCUCGUAUUGGUUCACGAUGAUUUAGAGGAAGAUCUGGGCCACGUUAAAAUUCGAAAGUGGAACGCGAGCCAUCGAGGGCACAAUGGUGUUAAAAGUGUCAACGCGAGCAUAAAACCUGCGAACUUCCCCGGCGCAUACUGGUCACGCAUAUCGAUUGGUAUCGGCCGACCCGAUGCUAGAGACCACACAUCUGUCUCCGACUAUGUGCUGAAGAAAUUGACCAGAUACCAAAAGGAUGUCAUUGACUCUGAGGUUGGUCCAAGAGUGCUUGAAUGUUUGCACGAAAUACAGGAAGGUUGGGAACGGGAGCACAGUAAAGCGGCUGUAAAGCCCUGAAUUUCUCGCCUAUAGUCGAGAAUGCCGAUUUAUUAUUCCGGACUCCAUCCGAAGAAGCAGCAGAUAAGUGCGUAGACCACAAAGAUUCGUGCGAAUAUACUUCUUAUCCCAGGGCCUUCGAAUUUCAGCGUCCAGGAUGCG